CUCUCUCUCUCUCUCUCUCUCUCUCUCUCUCUCUCCCCCUCUCUUCCAUGGAAUCCGACAGUCGGCGAUGUUUUCUCUCCGACUCCGACAGUCCUCGCCGACUCAACCGGAAAUGCAACUUCAGAAACUUUUGAACCUGCUUCUGUAAACGACGUCGUACCGGCUAGCUUCUCCUUCUUUGUUCGUUCACUAGCUAGUUUUUUUUUUUUUGGUUCUGUGGUGGUUGUAGAGAGAGAGAGAGGAGCUCGUAAUUCACGCUUUUUGGUGUGUUUUGAUCACUGAAUGUUCAGUUAUCGAGUUGUUUUUCUCUCGAAGCUCUUCGAAUUUUGAGCUCCGAUCGUCGUUUGUUAUCUUUUUGUGGUUGAUCGUUGAAUUUUCCGAUCGGAUCGAUUUGUCUUAGCGGUCGGAUUCAUCGGUGGCAGUAGAAUCGUGGUCUCAGCCGUUGGUUGAAGCUCAAAUGGUUGGUGGAGGUGAUUCUGUGAAGCUGAGCCUGUGAGAGAGGGAGGCGAAUCGGAGUUGAAGAGGAGGGAGUCAUGUUGGAUCUCAAUCUCAAUGUUGGCUCGAGCGAUUCGACUCAGCACGGAGACUCGGUGGUAGGGUCGGAGAAGUUUCCGGAAGGUUCUGGAACUCAAAUGGACGAGUCGGGGACCUCCAACUCGUCAAUCGUGAAUGCAGAAGCGUCGAGCAAUGGCGGCGGCGACGAUGACUCUUGCUCCACACGCGCCGGCGAUGCCUUCUCGUUGAAUUUCGAUAUCUUGAAGGUCGGUGAUUGCGGUAGUCCGAACGAUGUCGUUACGAGGCAGCUGUUCCCGAUGAGUGCCGGUGGAGGAGUUGGUGGAGAUUCUGUGUUUUUUCAGGGGCAGUCGUCGAGCAAUUGGAUCGACCUGUCAUUCAAUCAGAGUGGUACUGUUGGUGGGCAAGAGGUGAGAGUGGCUCAACAGCAUCCACAGCCACAGCAACAGCAACAGCCGGUGAAGAAGAGCAGGAGGGGACCCAGGUCCCGAAGCUCUCAGUACAGAGGAGUUACGUUCUACAGGAGGACUGGAAGAUGGGAAUCGCAUAUCUGGGAUUGUGGGAAACAAGUGUAUUUGGGUGGAUUUGACACUGCUCAUGCUGCAGCUAGAGCCUAUGAUCGGGCGGCUAUUAAGUUUCGGGGAGUUGAUGCUGACAUUAAUUUUAAUCUUAGUGAUUAUGAUGAGGAUCUGAAACAGAUGAAGAAUCUGACAAAGGAAGAAUUUGUGCACAUACUCCGUCGCCAGAGUACUGGUUUCUCCAGGGGGAGCUCAAAAUACCGAGGGGUGACACUGCACAAAUGUGGCCGGUGGGAAGCUCGAAUGGGUCAAUUUCUUGGAAAAAAGUUACGAUGCUUGCUUGCAGGUAUAUAUAUCUUGGGCUCUUCGACAGUGAAGUAGAAGCUGCAAGGGCUUAUGAUAAGGCGGCUAUCAAAUGUAAUGGAAGAGAGGCAGUCACCAACUUUGAGCCUAGUACUUAUGAAGGGGAGAUGAUCCCUGAGG